CGUCCUCCGUCAGACAGCGUGACUAUCGCAACACCGGUUCAUUUUGCUGUAAAUGUCUCCGAGCGGUAGACUACAAGGAAAUGGGAUAAACGCAAUGCUUUUAGUGAUCCCAUCGUGACCCUGAUGAGGAAAAGCGGUUGCAGAUAAUUGGUGGAUGGUUUUAGUGAGUGUCGCUAACUGAUGGCUUAUAAGGAGUCAGCGGUCGAUGGCAGGUAGACCAGACAUGAGUGUCUGUGGGAAGGACGAAGAGGGCAGAGCAGCGUCUCCAGUAUCCAGCUGCCUGUCUCUGAAGAGUGACAAAUCCAAAGAGAUUCCUCUUUUGUUCAGCAAUGAACAUGGACGUUUGCACACACAACCAAAGAUGAGGAACGAGGAGGGCAGAGCAGAGUCUCCAGUAUCCAGCUGUCUGUCCCUGAAGAGUGACCAGUCCAAAGAGAAUCCUCUUUUGUUCAGCAAUGAACAUGGAUGUUUGCACACAAAACCACAGAUGAGGAACGAGGAGGGCAGAGCAGAGUCUUCAGUAUCCAGCUGUCUGUCCUUGAAGAGUGACCAGUCCAAAGAGAAUCCUCUCAUGUUCAGUAAUGAUCCUGGGCCAUUCAACACAAAAGAAAGAAAAAGGACAAGUGGUGUUAUUCAGGACCAGCCUUCAUGCUGUACUUUAUGCCAGGAGGUGCUGAGGGAUCCAUGGUCUACCAGCUGUGGACAUUGCAGGCAAUGCUUUGCAUGUUGCCAGUGUGGGAAAAGAUCCAGAAAAACUCCUGAACUACAGAUGCCCAGUCAAAAAUGCACUGAACCAAUUUCUGCCUGCAGUCUGCAGGAGGUCGUAGACAAUCACAAGAUGAGUCUCAGAAGAAGAUGUGAAUUUGCAAUAGAAGGAACUGCUGAAGCAGAACCUCAAACCCACCUGAAUAGGAUCUACACUGAGCUUUACAUCACUGAAGGGCAAUGUGAAAGCAUUAAUAUCCAACAUGAAGUAUGGCAACUUGAGACAGUUUCCAAAAUGGAGACCCUGCACGGCACUCCAGUCAAAUGCCAUGAUAUCUUUAAGAUCCACCCUGGCCAAAAGAGAUUCAUCAGACUAGUUUUGACUAAUGGCAUUGCCGGCAUCGGAAAAACCUUCUCAGUGCAGAAGUUCACUCUUGACUGGGCAGAUGGUUUGGAAAAUCAAGAUGUCAGCCUUGUGGUUCUGCUUUCUUUCCGGGAGAUGAACUUGAUUAAAGAGGAGCAGUAUAGUCUUCUGAGGCUGCUUCAUGAUUUUCAUCCAACACUACAAAUGGUCACAGCAGAAAGCCUUGCUCUCUGUAAAGUUUUGUUCAUCUUUGAUGGCCUGGAUGAAAGCAGGCUUUUGUUGGAUUUUCUGAACAAUGAAGUUGUAUCUGAUGUCACCCAGACGUCAUCAGUCAAUGUGCUGUUGACAAACCUCAUCAAGGGAAAUCUGCUUCCCUUAGCUCUCCUUUGGAUAACUUCCAGACCUGCAGCAGCCCAUCAGAUCCCUCCUUCGUAUAUUGAUAGGGUAACAGAAGUGCGAGGAUUCACUGACCCUCAGAAGGAGGAGUACUUCAGGAGGAGAUUCAACAAUGAGUCAGUGAACGGCGAAAUCAUCUCACAUAUCAAGGCAUCCAGGAGCCUCCACAUUAUGUGUCACAUCCCUGUUUUCUGUUGGAUCACUGCUACAGUUCUGGAGCACAUGUUGACUACGUCCAAAAAAGAGCUUCCCAAGACUUUAACUGAGAUGUACUCACACUUUCUGCUGGUUCAGUUCAAGAGGAAGGCACAGAAGUAUGAUAAGGAGCAUGAAAUGAUCCAACAGGAGCUGUUGCAGACUGACACAGAAGAUCUUCUGAAAUUGGGAAGACUUGCGUUCGAACAUCUGGAAAAAGGGAACAUCAUGUUCUACCAAGAAGACUUGGAGCGAUGUGGUCUUGAUGUCAAACAAGCAUUAGUUUUCUCAGGACUGUGCACAGAGAUCUUCAGACAAGAGUGUGUACUGUUUCAAAAAAUGAUUUACUGCUUUGUUCAUUUAAGUAUUCAGGAGUUCCUUGCUGCUGUCUACAUGGUCCACUGUUACCUGAACAAGGACAUAGAAGUUCUGGUGACAUUCUUGGAAGAGGACUGGGAUAGAAAUAGCAGUGACUCAGGUCUGGAUAACUUCCUCAGCAAAGUUGUGAACAAAUCUCUGAACAGUGGAAAUGGACACCUGGACCUCUUUGUGCGCUUCCUUCAUGGCCUGUUAUUGGAGUCCAACCGUCGUCUUUUAGGAGAUCUGUUAGGUUGGAGAGCAUGCAGUCCAGAAAGCAUCCAGAGAGCAAUAGAGAACCUGAAGAAGACGAAUGCUUAUGAUAUCUCUCCUGACAGAAGCAUCAACAUCUUCCACUGUUUGAUGGAGAUGAACGACCACUCAGUGCACCAGGAGAUCCAAGAGUACCUGCAGUCAGACAGCAGAUCUGAGAAGAAACUCACUAAGACUCAUUGCUCAGCUCUUGCCUACAUGCUGCAGAUGUCAGAAGAGGUUCUAGAUGUGUUGGACCUGAAGAAGUACAACUCAUCAGGUGAUGGGAGACGGAGAUUGCUCCCAGCUGUGAGAAACUGCAGAGAAGCUCAACUCUCUGGCUGUGGACUCUCCGAGUGGCAUUGUGAAGUUCUGUCCUCAGCUCUGAUGUCCAACCCGUCCCAUCUGCGAGUGCUGGAUCUAAGUGAAAAUGACUAUCUGCUGGAUUCAGGGGUGAAGUUACUGUCUGUCGGACUGAAGAGUCCAAACUGUAGACUGAAGAUUCUCAGACUGAAGGGUUGCAGUUUGUCCGAAAGUUGCUGUGAUUCUCUGGCAUCAGCGCUGAAGACCGCCUCUUCCCAUUUGAAAGAGCUGGACUUAAGUAACAACAACUAUCUUAAGGAUUCAGGACUGAAGAUGCUGUCUACUGGACUAGAAAGUUCAAACUGUAGACUAGAGACUCUGAGAUUAAGUUGCUGCAGGCUGUCAGAGAGCGGUUGUGCACAUCUGGCAUCAGCUAUGAAGUCCAACCCCUCCCACAUGAGAGAGCUAGACCUGAGUAAAAACAAACUGAAGGAUUCAGGUGGAAAUCUGCUGUUUACUGCACUGGAGAAUCCUCAGUGUAAACUGAAGUUUCUGAGGGUUGAUAGAUGUGGGCUUACGGAAAACUGCUGUGCUGAUUUGGCCUCGGCUCUCAAGUCCAACCCCUCCAGCCUGAGAGAGCUGGAAAUGAGUAAUAAUGAUCUGCAGGAUCCAGGAGUGAAGCUGCUGUGUGCAGCACUGGAGAGUCCACAUUGUGGACUUGAAGCUCUGAGAUUGAGGGGAUGCUGGUUGUCAGAGAGUUGUUGUGCUUCUCUGGCUUCAGCCUUAAUGUCCAACCCUUCCAGCUUGAGAGAGCUUGACCUGAGUGAAAAUGAUCUACAGGAUUCAGGAGUGAAGCUGCUGUCUGCUGGAUUGGAGAGUCAAUAUUGUAGGCUAGAGACACUGAGGUUGAAACACUGUCGGGUCACUGAUGAAGGCUGCGCUUUCCUGGCAUCAGCUUUGAAGUCCAACCCAUCUUAUCUGCAAGAGCUGGACCUGAGUAAGAACAAUCUGCAGGAAUCAGGAGUGAAGCUGCUGUCUAAUGCCCGGGAUAGUCCACACUGCAGACUAGAGACUCUCAGAAUGGAAGAAAUGGCAUAAAAGGGAGUCCGUUCAUCUGCAUUUCAUCACUGACCAUCACUGUGUUGCUGGCUCUGUGCUGUUUACAUCCCUGAAACACUCCAGUUGUUUCUCAGUACAGCCAAAGAUAGGGCUCCUAACAAGGGCGUUUUUUUUUUCUAUUUAAGCACUUGCUGCAAAAAUGUUUCUUCAUCAGCCAGAAAAUUUUACUGAUUUUGACCGGACUGCCCAAAUGUUUUCAGUCUAGUAACUGUUCCUCCUCUUAUUUUUUCCCCCUAUUUUUCAUGCUUUUUUGAUUAUAAUGUGUACAGAAUGCCUAAACAACAUGUAUAAACAUAGUUACCUUAGAUACGUUACCAGGUCUGUUCAGAAAUUGUGAAAGCAAUUGUUUUAAGGUUUUGGGAAAUGUGCUUGCUUAAUAUCGUAGAGUUGGCUAGAUGAGAAGAAUGAUAUUAGCUUAGCUUUCCACAAAUCGCACAUGACCUCCCUUGUAAAACAGCUAAUUGUUGUUAACCUUUGCUUUUUUUGUUAUAGACUGAACAAAUAAGAUAGAAUGUGUUAAUUAGUGAACUUCAGAGGUGCUGAUGACUGGAUUUGGUUACCACUGGAUUGAAAAUGUCUAGAUAGCUUACGAUUAGGAGUUUGUUAAAACUGAGUUUGCCUGUUUUAGUUUUUUUUUAUUGAUGCCAAUGUGGAAUUAAUAUGUAUAUGUAUAACCUGAGUGUCAGAGGCAUUAACAGAAAACACUGUUAUCCCUUAAGCACUAUCUACCUACCUACAUACUAAAUGUAUCAAGUCAGCUGUACUCUAUUUGUAACAUUAACAUGCCUGCAUCUAUAACCUGACAAGACAAAAAGUAAUCCUUUUUUAAAGAAUACAAACAAAUGUAUAAAUAACUAUAUUUUUUGGGUUAGGGGUUACACACAUUUCCUUUUACUUUUGGACUGAUGUACCAUAUUUGUUCUUUUUAAUUAUACUCUUGGUGUAACACAGUGUCAGUAUUUUGCCUGUUUGAUGUUUUGUUAAGCUGCAGGAGAAAAGUUAUAAGGAACUAUGAUAUUAUAUUACCUUACAUUACCUCAUGAUUCAACAUGUAUAUACAGAUUUGGAAAGGUCACCACUCUUAUUCAGGUUUUUAUAUUGCAAUAAUAAAGGAGUCUGUGAAGGUU